CAGCAGCGGCAGCAACGGCAGCGGGUGUGGCGUGCGAUUCGAGCGCGUGCGCGUGGCAUUCCCUAGGCCUGCACGUGCUGUACGAGUCGCUAGGAUGGCUCGCCUUCCUCGUGUGGUCGCUCUCUUUUUACCCGCAAGCCCUGCUCAACUGGAAACGCAAGAGUGUCAUCGGGCUCAACUUUGACUUUCUCGUGUUCAACCUCACCAAGCACACGGCGUACCUCGUGUUCAACGCGUCCAUGUUCUUCUCGCCCCUCGUGCAGCAGCAGUACCACGAAAAGUACGGCCCAGAGGAGCUCAUUCCGGUGUCAGCCAGUGACGUGGCGUUCUCAGUGCAUGCCGUCGCCCUCACUGCCUUCACCGUUUGGCAGUGCAUGGUGUAUGAUAGGGGAGGCCAGCGGGUGUCAUGGACGUGCAAGACCAUCUCGCUGGGAGUGUGGCUUUUCGCGCUCCUCUCCUCUCUUCACUCCUCCCUCCACCAUGACUGGCUCGGCCUUGUCACCACCUUCAACUACAUCCAAGUGGUGAUGACCACCAUCAAGUACAUUCCCCAGGCGUGGUUCAACUGGCAGCGGCGCAGCACGGUGGGGUGGAGCAUCAGCAACGUGCUCAUGGACCUGACAGGCGGCACGGCGUCGCUGCUCAUGAUGUUUGUGCAGUCGAUUGACCAGAGCUCAUUUGUCAACUUCACCGGCAACGUGGGCAAGCUCGCCCUCUCAGGGGAAACGAUAGCCUUUGAUAUCAUUUUCGCGCUGCAGCACUACGUCCUGUUCCCGCAUGCCCCUGCUCUCCCCCUCUCCUCCCACCCACCCACGCUUGUGUCUACGCCCCUCCGUGAGGAGAGGGAGAAAGAGGGGAAGGGGGAGGAGGAGGAACAGCAGCCUGCAGACGAAUUCACCCGCCUCCUGCCAUUGCGACG